AUGCUAGCAAACGCAGAACAGACAUCCGCUUCCUCUCAAAAGUACGCAGUUCCUGAAGAAGCACGACGCUUAUUGAAGCUUCUGAUCAGAAAAAAUCCAGCACUACAAAUCCCGGAGAAGUUCGUGGACAGUAACAUACAUUUUAAAGGUGAUGCUCUUCCUGCAUUACCUGGCGGCCUUAAAUCGGGUGCUUUCAGUGCUGCAUGCUCUGCAGCAUUUGGCGCUGUCGCUGAUCAAAUCGCACAAGAUCGAUACGGAGGCGAGGCCAGCAAUAUCACCAUCGAUACCGAUCACGCAGGAUACUUUUUAGCAUCUCCUCUACUUUGCAAAUACGAAAACGAAGCACCUGAUUGGGAAAAUACGGAUCUACGAAGCAAGCCCUUAUAUGCAUGUGCCACGGGUAUUUAUCCCACCAAAGAUGGGCGUUGGUUUCAACUACAUGGUGACUUGGAUUGUAUCCCAAUGCUCCAAAAUGUGGGAAUUCUCAACAGCCCGGAUGAUACAUCGACUCUUGAAGAAGCACGAGAAAUAUACUCGCAAUGGACAAUGCUGCACAAUGCUGAUGAAUUGGAGGCAAUGAUGGUGAAAUACCGUCACAGCGGCAGUAAAUGCUAUAAGCCCGAAGAAUGGCUUGCAACCGACAUGGGAAAAGCAUUAGCGGAUAAGCCAUUGUGCGAUGUCCGUCAACUUACACCGCCUGAAAAUCCAACACCGUAUCCUUCCGCUAGCAAAAAGCGAAUCUUAGAAGGAAUCAAAGUUGUAGAAAUGGUUCGUAUUAUUGCCGGUCCCGUAAUUGGAAAAACCUUAGCCGAACUUGGUGCCCAAGUGAUCAGAGUCAAUCCACCUCACUUGCGCGACCUCACAUGGCUGCAGCAUACAUUAACAGCUGGUUCACACACAGUCUCUCUAGACGCACGACAGCCUAAACAGAAGGCUCAACUCGAAGAACUAAUCGCUCAAGCUGAUGUAUUUAUUGAUGGAUACCGCCCGGGGUCGCUAGAGCGCCUUGGCUUUGGCAAGCAACGUGUGAUGGAGCUGGCGGGUCGCAAUAUUAUCUAUGUCGAUGAGAGCUGUUACGGAGUCGAAGGGCCAUAUUCUGGAAGACCUGGCUGGCAACAAAUUGCAGAUGCAGCAAGCGGUGUUUCUGUUGUUCAAGCACAGACCCUGGGCAUGGAUAAUCACGCUUUACUUCCACCUUUACCGAUCACUGACCUUCUCACUGGCGUACUAGGUGCUACUAGCACCCUUUGUGCUCUUCGCGACCGUGCCAGAAAAGGUGGAAGCUAUCGAGUAGUAGCAUCGCUAACGGCAUUGGAUAUGUUUUUCAUAUCGGAAGAAGUGGGAAUCUAUCCGUCUGAGAUUGUGCAGAAGGUCGAGCAAACAUUCGGUUUUGGAGUCAUCCAAGCCUCAGACCAUGUCCGUACAUUAGCUGCAAGAAUCACCAAGGCAUGGAAACUGAGGCGCCCGGACCACAUGGAUUUCGAAGGACGAUUCUUUGCUGGAUUCGAUAACGGACCGUUUGGUCGCAUGAAAAUCGUUGCACCAGUUGCUCAACUGGACAAAUAUCCAUCCAAGUGGGAUGCCUCACCAAGACCAUAUGGAUAUGAUCAACCCACAUUUCUUUAUUGAUAGCUCCUUUGUUUUUCCGGAUUACGAGAAUAAAAAUAUCUGCUAGCUACUAUAAGUUAGAAGGGAAAAGAGGUGGUAUGAAUGUAUAGAAUUAGAAGAUUCAAGUUAAAUUUUUCUUUUGAACAAGAAAUGUCUAUACUACAUAGGUAACUAGAAAAACAAUCGUCAAGAAGAUGAACAAGUUACAGUGCAAACACUCACUGUUGUUAUUGUUGUUGCGACAACAACAGCAUAGCAUCAAGGGUGUAAAGUACAAGUGAAAAGUAAGAAACAGAAAAAUGAGGGCAAUUAGGAGUACUGGCCAAUCUUUUCGUUUAUAUUUUCAGCACCACUUAUU